AUGGUGGCUGGGGGUGUGAAGUGUGGAUCAAUAAAUGACGACCACCAACACCUACCAGACUCCCAUAAAGAAGUGUGUAUUUAGAUGUGAAGCUAAAACCAGCAGGGAGAGAAUAGAUCAGAAGCAUUUCUGCUCACCUCUUUCAAUCCUUCGACGAGAGAGAGAGAAGAUGGGAAGAGGGAUCUCAACUUUGGGACACCAUUAAUCGAGCUCUGAAGUUUCACACUUGCUCAGCUGCUGUUUCUUUCUGUCUCUCUUCCAGCUUGUUAUCUCUCAGUCUGUAGUGGGCUCAGAGGUAGCUUCAGUGGGAGAAAGCUCAGGGGACGAAGACGAUGAACUCCCAACACGUGAUGAUGGAGAUAGAGGCGAACAAGCCCCCCCAUGGGGUCAUAACGGGAGUGGCGAUGAGCCCACUGAGCGAGACGCUGUGGAGGGAGAAGACGGACACGGAGCUGAUAGGCGACGUGUCGGCGAAGCUCACAUGGAAGGACCUCACGGUGACCGUCACGGUGGGGAGCGGCGAGACGCACAAGGUGUUGGAAGGGCUGACCGGAUAUGCGGAGCCCGGCAGCCUCAUGGCUCUCAUGGGACCCUCCGGCUCCGGCAAGUCCACCCUCCUUGACGCGCUCGCCGGCAGACUCGCCACCAACGCCUUCCUCUCCGGCUCCGUCCUGCUUAAUGGCCGCAAGAGGAAGCUCUCCUUCGGAACUGCCGCAUACGUAACCCAGGACGACCACUUGCUGGGGACGUUGACAGUGAGGGAGACGAUCUCCUACUCUGCCCGGUUCCGGCUGCCGGACAAGAUGCCGCUGUCGGAGAGGCAGGCGUUGGUGGAGAGCACCAUCAUCGAGAUGGGCCUUCAAGAUUGUGCUGACACUCCCAUUGGGAAUUGGCAUCUGCGUGGAGUCAGCGGAGGGGAAAAGAGGAGGGUCAGCAUCGCCCUCGAAAUUCUCAUGAGGCCCAGAUUGCUGUUCCUCGAUGAGCCCACAAGUGGGCUGGACAGUGCCUCGGCAUUCUUCGUGACUCAGACGCUACGUAGCCUUGCUAGAGAUGGGCGCACGGUCAUCGCAUCAAUCCACCAGCCAAGCAGCGAGGUUUUUGAGCUCUUUGACCGUUUAUGCUUACUCUCAGGCGGCAGGCUGGUUUACUUUGGGAAGGCUUCGGACGCACAUCAGUUUUUUGCACAAGCCGGAUUCCCUUGCCCCCCACUGAGGAACCCAUCUGACCAUUUUCUUCGAUGCAUCAAUGCGGACUUCGAUAAGGUCAAAGCAACCCUGAAAGGAUCCAUGAAACUGAGGUUCGAGAGAUCUGAUGAUCCUCUGGACAAGAUAACAACCGGUGAAGCAAUAAGGACCCUGCUUGAUGCGUAUGAUAAGUCACAGUAUCACUACGACGCAUUGCGGAGAGUCGACGAGAUAUCUAAAAUUAAAGGAAAUAUCUUGGAGUCGGGAGGAAGUCAGGCUAGUUUUUUGACGCAAACUGUCACUUUGACAAGGCGGUCGUUCAUAAACAUGUCAAGGGAUUUUGGUUAUUACUGGCUAAGGCUUUGUAUUUACUUGGUGGUCACCAUCUGCAUUGGAACGAUAUACUGGAAUGUUGGCACUAGCUAUGACUCCAUACUGGCGAGAGGCUCCUGCGGUUCCUUUGUUUUCGGUUUCGUCACGUUCAUGUCAAUUGGAGGAUUUCCUUCCUUCGUGGAAGACAUGAAGGUCUUUCAAAGGGAGAGGCUCAAUGGUCACUAUGGGGUUCUGCCAUUUGUCAUAAGCAACACUCUUUCUGCAGUUCCUUAUCUGGUCCUGAUCACCUUCGCAUCAGGAACCAUCUGUUACUUCAUGGUCCGGUUCCAUCCAGGGUUCGUCCGCUUUAUAUUCUUUGUCCUCUGCUUCUAUGCAAGUGUUACAGUGGUCGAGAGCUUGAUGAUGGCAAUAGCCAGUGUUGUCCCCAACUUCCUCAUGGGAAUUAUUAUAGGCGCUGGGAUUCAGGGAAUCUUCAUGUUGGUAUCUGGCUAUUUCAGACUCCCAAAAGAUAUUCCAAAGCCAGUUUGGAAGUACCCAAUGUCCUAUAUCAGCUUCCAUUUCUGGGCUCUUCAGGGUCAAUACCAAAACGAUCUUUCAGGCUUGGUAUUCGACAACCAAUUUCCUUAUCUUCCAAAGAUUUCAGGAGAUUACAUACUCGAAAAUGUCUUCCAGAUUGACGUUGCCCGGUCUAAAUGGUGGGAUCUGGGCGUCCUUUACUUCAUGAUCCUCGUCUACAGGGUAAUCUUCUUCCUCAUGAUCAAAAUCAGUGAGGACUUUACUCCAUGGUUGAGAGGUUAUAUAGCCAGGAGAAGAAUGCAGAAGAAGGGACGGAACCAGGGUGCAGUUGUAAGCAGGGAUCGUAUUUCCAAGUCGCCUUCCUUGAGGGGCUAUGCUGCCCAAGGAUCGAACAGGUCGUAGUAGAUGUGCCAUGCUGCUACUUACGCAGAAUCCACUUGGAAAAGGAAGCCAAGUGCGCACUUAUUUACCUUAGAAGUUUAAAAGUAGCUAAGCCGUUCGUUUGGGUACAUGUAUGACAUAAUCUUUAUAUCUUCGUUUUCACAUAUAUAUAUACUUAGGCAAUCAAUGUCUUGUAAAUAAGGAGAGAUGGCAUGUCAUUUUUUACAAUGUUGCUUUUGUCAUGUCUUCUAGUGUGUGUGAGAGAGAGAAUGAUGGAGAAGAGAGAUUAUAUUUUCCUUGAAGAACAGUGCCUCUCUUCACAAGUGGAAGCAAGCAAGGCCCUUGGGGCGAGACACUAGCUAGCCGCUGACUUUUAAUUGAGUCUCUCUACUCAAGUGCGGUUUUUAGUGUAAUAUCAAAAUAUGGUUGAAUCAGUACCGCCGUGACAUUUAUGAUGUGCUUAACAUUUGGGAAUAUAAUACUAUUUUCUUUCAAGACCA